UGAAGCACAGCAAAUAUGAAGUCGGCAUUGCUCUGGGCGGCUCCCCUCUCGCUGCUGGCGGGCCUCGGUGCCUGCGGGAAAGCCUUUGACGAGGUUUUGGACGUCCCGGAAGGAUGGACGCAGCUGAACGAUGCCGUCGAUCCCUCGCAGCAUAUACGGCUGUCGAUUGCUAUGAAGCAGCCCUACAUUGACGAACUGGAGGCCAAGAUGGCAGAGAAAGGAAACCGUCUGUCAAUGGAAGAAGUCCGCGAGCUGCAGACCCCAGCCCAGGAGGACAUCGACAACGUGCUGCACUGGCUCGCGGAGAACAAUCUCUACGGUGUUGUCGAAAAGGACUUCAUCCGUGUCUGGACGACCGUCGCCAAAGCCGAGCCGCUGCUCAAGAUGAAGCUCAGCCGCUUCUCGUACGAAGGCAAGCCGUCGGUGCUGCGAACGACCAAGUACACCAUCCCCGACUCCGUUGCCGACUCCAUCAGCUUCAUCAACCCCAUCACCAACUUCAUGUCGGCGCGCCAUCGGGAAGGAGGCCUGACUUUCCGACUUCCUCCGUCCAAGGGCGCUGAGAACGCCAAUCUGCAGGACCUGCGGCAGUUCCUCAACCAGUCGGCGCCCAACGUGGCUAAGACGGGACGCACCAUCAACGUCGAGCUGGUCAACGGCGGCGUCAACUCCCAAGUGCUGGCCGAGUCCGGCGAUGAAGCAGCCCUGGACGUCGACUAUGCCGUGUCCUUGGGCUUCCCCACCAACGUCACCUUUUACUCUACGGGAGGCCGCGGCGUCAAGCUGAACGACGACGGACAGCCCAUCGAGGGCGAAGACGACGAUAACGAGCCCUACCUGGAAUUCUUCCAGUACCUGCUGGCCAAGCCCGACGGCGAGGUGCCGCACGUCCUCUCGCUGUCGUACUCUGACGACGAGCUGUCCGUGCCCCGUGACUAUGCGAAGCGCGUCUGCAGCCUGUUUGGCCUGCUCACGGCUCGCGGAACCUCCAUCAUCUUCGCGUCCGGCGACGGCGGCGCUCGCGGCGGCCGAGCCUCCAACUGCGUGACCAACGACGGCACGAAGCGUCCCGUCACCAUGGCUACCUUCCCGCCUACCUGUCCCUGGAUCACCUCGGUUGGUGCCGUCACCAACAUUGCAGAGCCUCCCAACGGCGCCAGGUUCAGCACCGGCGGCUUCUCGCAGUACUUUUCCCGACCCAAGUGGCAGGACGACGCAGUCGACGGCUACGUCAAGGAGCUUGAUGGUCACCUGGACGGCUACUAUAACGAGUCGAUGCGAGCCAUCCCCGACGUCUCGGCAGUCGGCGUCGCCUUUAGUAUCAUCUCCGGCGGCUACCAGAAGUCUCUUCAGGGCACCAGCGCCAGCGCCCCCGUGUUUGCCUCGAUGAUUGCCUUGAUCAACGACGCCCGGAUGCGCGCCGGCAAGAAGUCGCUGGGCUUCCUGAACCAGCACCUGUACUCGAGCAAGGUCAAAGCCGUGCUGCAGGACAUCACGGCGGGAAAGAGUGCGUCUUGCAUCUUCAACGAGACGGACAUACCCGGAGGCUGGCCGGCGACGCAGGGCUGGGAUGCCAUUACGGGGCUGGGCGUGCCCAAGCGGUUCGACAAGCUGAUGGAGGUGCUGGUGAAUGUAUGA